AUGACAUGGCAUGCGAUUGCUAGUAACAGUGAUGGUAAGCUUCGACAUCCAAGAGACGGAUUGGCUUGGAAGGCAUUCGAUCAAAAAUAUCCUGAAUUUGCAUCUGAUCCCAGAAAUGUCAAACUAGGUCUAUUUGGAGCGCAAUGGGGCACUUGGGACGUGAGGAGCAAGGAAGGACAUUACGCUUGGAGCUCAACUCGACCGCGCAUGCUCCAGGAGAGAAAAGAAGCUGUCUGUAGCCAGCUCGACCGGCCAAGACUCAGCUCGAUCGAGCUGCUUUUCCAGGAGUCAAAGUCAAACCCGAAAAAUGUUGCUUCCCUUUGA